AUAUUUGCUUUGGCUAGUUUUCACAUACUAUUCCAAAAAGACGAUGUGUGUAUCUACAUCAUUAUUUACGCUUGGAUGUGUAUAUUGCUCUUUUUUUUGUGUUCCGUGUUGUGUAACUCGCUUUAAAAGCGCAGUCAGGUAGAAGAGUUUUGAAAUAUGUACGUAUUUACUCUUUUUAAUAUCGCUCAAGAUCGCAGCAUUGUAAGUUUUUUUUUUGGUUUCUCUGCAAAAGCAACAACAGCAAAAAAUCGAUCGCCCUGCGACACUAAUACACUUUCACUUGGCCACCGCCACACGCACACUAAUGCAAUUGCGGCGAAUUCACUUCGCCGUAUUUUAAUGCGCAUUUCACUUCGCGACAACACUUUGUUUUCGUGUUUUUCGUAUCCACUUAGGGGAGUGCUUUGUUGUUGUUAGUGUGCCCGUGAGUAGCAUUGCCCGCAUAUCGCACUAUCGAUAGUCGGCUGGGCUAAAAUACCGUGUUCUAAUUUAUUUAUUUUUAAAUGGUUAAAGGAUUUAGGUGAAUGGGAAAAUAAAUAACACGGUUAACUAACAAACGGCUUGUACUCAAAGAAACAAAAUCGUGUGCGUAAUUAUUUUAAGAAGGAUUUAAUUUAGUAGAUAGUAUCGAUUACUUGCUAUCGCAUCAGCCCGUAUUCGGAUUCGGCGCCACAACAGUUGUUGUCAUUCGAUCAACGACGCCGUGAAUUUUACAUGUGUGUUGCCUUUUAUUUAUCUUUCAAUCGAGUUUUGGGACACAGUUUCCUGUUUCCAGGCACAUCAAUAAUGACAAUCUAGUUAAUGUGUUCAACAUUCGAGGAGUCGGAUUCAAACGAGACGCCUCGACGCCAGUGCCUGACGUUCCAGAGUCACCAUGUACGAUAGCGAGGACGAUGUGAUGGAGGUGGAGGGGUCCGAAGCCGCCUACGAGGCGCAGGUCAAGGCCAAGCUGGAGGAGAUCCGCUCGUGCGUGCCCUUCAUCCAGCGUGUGCAGAAUUCCUACCAGCAUAAUCUCUCCAAGGUGCAGUGUCAGCGGCUGAGUUCGCUGGUCGGUCUGCUGGAGCGCGACAAUGUAUCCAUGAGCACGCUAAUGAAGAUCGAGCGGAUCAUCGACAAGCUAAGGACUAAGUUUGAGCACUUGAUUCUGGACUCUCCUAGGACUCAGCACAAGGCAUUCAUCGAUAUGGGUGACCAAGCCGAGAUUGAGUCCGUCUCGUCGACUUCCUCCCAACAGUCAAGUACGGCCGCACGGCCACCAAUACGUGCGAAACAGCCGCCUCAGCCGAAAAAGGGUAACAAGUCGAGUGGCUCACCCAUCCCAGCAGCUGCCACCAAGUCCAAGCCAGCGCCUUCAAAGGCACAGGAGCCGGCGUCCUCCGGCUCCAAGUCAUCAGUAAAGACUAAAGGCUCCUUAGCCAGCCCUAUGGCAUCUGGUUCCUUGGCCAACCCAAAGAUAUUCGGUUUCUUGGCCAGCGCUAGCCCAAAGAAUCCCAUCGCAAAGCCACCAGAGGUGGUGCAAAAACCCGCCUCAGCUCAAGUCCCUGAUACGGGGGUACCAGCCAUUCCAGCUCCGCUCAAACUGAAAUCUGAACCGCUGCCCAAUGCAGCUGGCAAUCGCGGAGUGCUGAGUGCCAUGCAUGAGGCUCGCAUGGAGGAAAAGAAGCAGCGGGCAAACCACCAAAUAAUGACAUCGCCAUUAACCAAAGAAUUGAGCGCUGCUGCUGCUUCGCCAGAGGUGGACUUCGUGCGCCGAUCUAUCCCGCAGUUGACCAGCAGUAUGCCAGCUGCCAAUCUGGGGCCUUCAGACAAGCCGGAUUUUAUGCGCCGGAGCUCACCGCUUUUGCUGCCCAUUCCGCAGCAGGAAGCCCCGCCAAGGCUGUCCGUAAAGGAUGCAAGCCAGUCCUUGGCGCUUAAGGAGUCACCCAGCCCUUCGAUUCUCUCGAAUACUCUGGAGGAGGCACGCAGAAAGUUGGCCGCCUUGAAAGGAGGAGUUGGAUUAGGAUUGGGGCAGGAUAUGCCGCCGCUUUCCUCUAACAUAAACGAUCCGCGCGGCAAGAAGAACUUAAGCCAGCCGCCCAAGCCCAACAUCAACAACAAUAACAACGCCGAAAGCUUGCCACCGGUGACUCCGCCACCCAAUAUGCGUACACCCUCGCCAAUUCCGACACCUCCGAGCAUGAGGAUCGCCACAUGGCUCCCGUAUUCAAACAUUCCUCUAGAGACUGGCUGCUUCAAUGCUCCUGCCCAGCAGUACAGCUCGGAGUCUGCGGGAGAUGUUCGGUCCUAUGGAGCUGGUUCAGCAAGGGAACCGAGCCAUGAUCCCAGACGCUUUAAUGGCACCGAGUCCCGAGAACUACGUAAUCCUCGCACCUGGCAGAACAAUCCCGCCCAUUCGCAACAGCAGCCGCAGCAGCAGUCGCACCAGCAGUCGCAUCAGCAGUCGCAUCAGCAGCCGCAUCAGCAGCUGCAUCAGCAGCCGCAUCAGCAGCCGCAUCAGCAGCCGUCGCCACAGCCAAAUCAGAUACCGCCGUAUUCCAGUGACCCGCGUCGUAACACAACCAUCUACAAAGGCUUCGAAGAAGCCAAUGGUUGGCAGUUGACUAACACUAAUAAUAAUAUCAAUGUUAACGGGAAUGGAAAUGGAAGUGGAAAUGGAAAUGGGACCGUUCCCAAUGCCUACAACAAGUCCAACUGGAGAGGCGGUCUAAAGGUAAAAGGCGGGCCCACUGCCAAAGGCUUUAUGUGCAAUCAAAAUGGAGGUGGAAACGCAUGUGGCUUUAAUGGCACGUCCAGCUUCAGAGGCGGAUAUCGUGGAGGUCACAACAACAGCACACGAGGUGGUGGUAAUCACAACUCGCGUUUCGAGCGACCCAAUGACACACAUCGCACCUACAAGGAGCACCGCAAGGCCAAGGCUCGUGCUGAGGCGGAGGCCAAGGCCAAGGAGGCAGAGCAACUGCGCCAGUUGGAAGCGGACAUCCAGCGUGAACUGGAUGCUGAGGCGAAACAGCGCAGGCUGCUUGCUGCCGAGAAGCAGCGAAAACUGGAGGAAAGUCAGGCUGCUGCAGCGGCGCCAGUGGCGCCAGUGGCACCAGUGACACCAGUGACACCAGUGACCACCGAACUGGACACAUCCUACCGCAACUGCUCGCUUGGCCUGUUGACCAAAAAGCUAGACUUUCGGAUUCCGAAGAAAACAACGACCACCCCAACCACCCCAACCACCUCAAACCCAAACACAAACCCAAACAAGAACCAAAACACCAGCCCAAGCUCAGUCAAUGGGGAUGGGGAUAGCCUAAGCAGCUCCUCGAAUUCCCUUACAAGCAAAUCAUGUGAUGCCAAGAAGGAUAAAGAUACUGAUAGGCAUAAGGAUAAGGUUAGAAAUUUAGAUAAGACUAGCGAUAAAGACGACAAGGUCGAGAAGGGCAACGAUAAGCCGGCUAACAACGUGGAGAAGUCCAAGAAGCAUCACAAAUCGCAAGAUAAGAAGUCCGAAAAGGAGAAGAAUAGAUCCGGCAAGAAGGAGAAAAAGAGGCUGGACAGGGAGACGGAGAAGAAGUCAUCCGUAGCUGUUGACAAAACCCGUGAGCUCGGGGAUGCUGAAAGCGUGAUCAGUGUGGACAGCUCAGAGAAUACAGACAACUUGGAGAACGAACCGCCCGCCAGCGAGGCAAAUGCCUCUCCUGUUCCAGGAGACCCAGCGCUUAGCGCUCCCGACAGCCAGCUAGUCCAGCCGCCGGACGAGGAGCAUCUGGGCAUCCUGGCCAAGAUCCGAAAGGCGGUGGCAGCAAGCAAGCCUUCCGUUUCGGAUGCGCCAACUCUACCGGCAAAUGGUAACGAUAGUGAGAAUCAGGAUCCCUUCGACAAAUUGAACAAGAUGAAGAAACCGACGAAAAAGCGAGGAACUUCCACUUCAGAGGCAAAGUCAACUAGCGCCAAGUUCGAUGAUGAUACUGCCACUACUACUACUGUUCCAGGCAAGGAAAAACCCGUAGAGAAAGGCGAGAAAGUACAAGUUAAGGCGGAAGGGGAAGAGGGUACAAAACCGACCCCCAAGCUCUCCAAGAUGAAAAUCGUCGUUGGUCCCAAUGACACUUUGAUGGUGGUCAACGAUGAGAAGGAGCCCAAGAUCAAGAACCACAAACCGACAGCACUGCUGUUUGAGGAUGAGCACGACGACGAGGAGGUGCCCGGUCCCUCGCCUCAAAUUCUGCACCGUAUUAUGCAGCGGCGCAACUCCAUGGCUCCCACGGCCAGUAAGCCGCUGGUGAACAAGGAGGAGAUCUCGACCAGCCUCCUCUACGAGGAUCUGCAGGAGCAGAGGCGCAAGUCCCAGAAUGCCCGCAGUCUUGCCAACAUGUUUGAGAAGACCAAUGACAAUUGUACCGUGUCCACGCAGAAUAUUAUCACCGGCAAACGUCGCACCCGCGGCCUAGAGGCCUCCUUCAACGAGACGUUGCUGAGCCGGAGCUGCUUUGGCCUGGGACAGAUCAAUAGACCACGGGCAAAGGCCACGAAUAGGGGCACUUCCAUGGCGAAGACUCCUGCUCCUGACGCCGCCAAACCAGGAGACGAUUCUUUGAGUAAUGAUGACAAAGUUGUUCCGGCCAAAAAUCGUAAGCGCAAAAGGCAAGCUGAUGCUCCAGAUGCUUCAGAUGCUCCAGAGGAGCCGAAAAAGGCACGUUUAGACAACAAGAAGGAGACCAAGGAGGUAAAUGGGGAUGGGGAUGGGGAUACAGCGGCUGAGCAGCCGGCAAAGCCCAUUAUAGACGUGGAGGACAAAUCCCCCGUGAUCCCAGCACCACCCAAACCUCGCACGAAACCUCGCAUUAGGCGCAACGAACUAGACAAGCUGAACGAGGACAUUGCCCAAAUGUACUACGGCCAAGAUGUGCUGCGGGCCACCGGACGACGGGCCUGUACCCGGCGUUCCCGCACUCCCUCGCCGCCGCGAUCCUCUACUCGCUCGCUGCGUUCCCGAUCCCAAUCCCUGCAGCGAUCCUCGCCAGCCCCCGAGAGCAUAUCAUCCAGCCGCCUGUCCGUGGCUAGUCCGAUUUUCAUCCGAAAUGUGGCGCGACGGGGCAAAGCCUUCAGUCGUGGCGGUGGCAUCACUAGAGCCUCGUUCAAGGCAUCGUUGCCGAAGACCAAGCGCUGCAACGUAAGGAUCAAGAGAUGUCUGGCCCUGGAAGAGCUAAUCAAGAAGCCAGAUCAGAAGCCAGAUCAGAAGCCAGUAAAGGACAGCCUGCUACAACAAAAGAAGAAGAAGGACAAAGGACAGAAAAAGGGUGUUCGCAACAUAGAUCCCGAAUGGCACUCCAAGUCAAAGGCCAACCUCAGGUGCGUUGUCUGCGCGAAGCCAAUCCGCAGGAGCUCCAUCUGUCACUACAUGAUGGAGCACAAGGAGCACUUCGCCGCCCGUUUGCCACCCGGUGUGCUGGACGAACUGCGAGCCGGACGCGGCAAUCGUCCGGAGUACUGGCAUGGACUGCGCUACAAGAAGUACUACUUCAAGUGUCCGUUUUGCGACACGUCCCUCCUGCGCGGCCCACAGGGCCUGGGCGAUCACCUCAACUCGCACCUGGGCGAGCCGCGUCAGCAGUGCUCCCACUGCAACUAUCCGCAGAGCUACCAAAACAAGAUACACCAGCACACCGCGUCCUGUGGCCCGGGUGCCAAGCCCCUGACGCAUCCCAAGAAUGGCCGACUCCCGAUGACGGUGCUCGUGUGCCAUCUCUGCCAGUUCGUGCAGCAGAGCAAGGAGAACAUGGACCGGCAUCUGAUGAAGCAGCACGACCUCACCAAGCAGCAGCUGUUGAGUGUGAAGCUGGAGAAGGUGCUGCUCUGCACCACCGAGGGCGUGCCAAUGGCGCGGUCAGGACGAAAUGAGGAUGACACCACCGCCGCCGUCCAGCCAAGUAUAAGUGCCAAAGGCAAAGCGGCCAGCUCAGCCUUAUCGAAGGCAAAGAGUUCGCAGCAAAAGAAGGUCAAGAUCCAAUUUAAGAAUAUGGCCAAAAAAUCGGCGAAACGGGUGAAGCAAGAAAGGGAAGAGGCACAGAAGGAGGUGGGUCUAAAUUUGCCGGAGCUGCCGCAGCCACCGCCGGAAAAGGAGCCCGUACUGGUGGUCAACGAGUGUCUGAUGGAUGUCGAAAUGGACGCGGAACUGGAGGCAGGCCUGGACGAAGAGCAGGCCAUGAACAACAUGAGCUUGAUGGUGGACGAGAAGCCUGCGGUGCUGCUGGAACAGGAGGAACCAGAGAUAGUCCCUGAUUUAGUACCAGAGCCACCAGCUCCACCUCCCAUGGAGGUAGAUAUAGAUGAGGAGGAAGACGUAGAUGUGGAAGGGGAUGUGGAUGUGGUUGAUAUAACGCCACCUCAGACACAACCUCAACCUGUACAGCCGGCUGCUCGGACGGUGUCGGAAGUCAGUCUGGCCGAGUUGGAUGGUGACAUUCUCGAUGGCAUUGGCAGCGAUGAUGGUUCUGACGUUGAGAUAGAGGACAAACCGCAGAGUCGCCAACAAAACGCUGGCAAAGAUCCGGUGACGGUGGAGCUAAAUGGAGACCAUAACCAUGACCAUGACCAGGACGAUGAUGAUGAUGAUGAUGAUGAUGAUGAUGACUUUGAUGAUGACGAAGACGAUGUACUCACCGAUGAUUGGGUGGAUCUGGAGACGGCCAAUCGCAACUGCAAGGCCAAAAAGAGCAUUUUCACGCGGUUCAACCGCUUGUGCUCGCGCUUGAAAAAGAACGCCACCCGAUCCUCCGGCAAAGCAGUGGCCUCCAAUGCGAGUCACAGCAGCGAUGGCAGCAACGACGGUGUGCCCGAUCCCGGCGAGCUGAUGUCCAGAGUGCAGCCCCAAGCGACCGAACCGAAGCCGGAGAAGGCAAGUCCUGUUGCCACUACUGUUACAGCUCCUCCUCCAGUCACUCCUCCCACGCGUCUGAUGUCGCAACCGAAACGGGUGGAGAACGUGGGCUUUCGAAUGUCCUCGUCGGACAGAGACACAGCCUCAUAUUUCUGCAUGCAACCGGGCUGCUCUUUCCUCUUCUCCAAUGAACUGGAGGGCCUGGAGAACCACUUUGCAUUGGAGCACCCAAAGGUUCGCUGGAGCGGCCAGUGUGCCAUUUGUCCGGGCUUCCAGGCGAUGGGCUCGAAUCUCGGUAUAUCCGGGGAAUUGCGUCACAUGAGGGACGAGCACAUGAUGUCUCCUUCUCCGCCGUCUGUGGUGGAAGUGGCGCCGGAACCCGAACCUGAACCUGAACCUGACCCUGAACCUGCUCCCGCUCCUGCUCCUGUGCUUCCCAAGCUGAGGGUUCGUCGUUUCACUGGCGAUCGUCUGGCCGAACCAAAACCAAAUCCGAAUACUCAAGCACAAGCAGGGGAUAAUCAGGCCAACGGAAUGCUAAGGAAUCUGCUCGCGGCGGAUCCAAGGCCACCCAACCAGCAGGUGGACUUCCAAGCUGCCGGAUUGGGCGAGUUCCUUUGCGCCAAGCCCGAUUCACCGCCAAAGGAGCAGCCAACUGUGGACCAGCCUUUCAUAAUAAACUAUCAGAGCGGGUUGGGUUUGGCCAUCAGCCAGGUUUACAGCGGGGCUCAGAUGGGCGGGGAUGCAGCAGUGGUGCCGCCAUCGCCAGUCGCCAUGGGAAUGCCUCAGCCGCCUGAGCUCAGCGCCACGGCUGCUCCAGCUUUAGCUUCAGCUCCAGCUUUAGCUUCAGCUCCAGCUAUAGCUACUCCAGUUACUCCAGCUACUGCUGAGCAAGGGAAUCGCUUUCGUUGCAUGGCCGCCAAUUGCAACUUCUCGGCCCACAAGGUGAUGUUCGUGCGGGAGCACCUGAAGUUCCACAUGUUCAGCUUCCGCAGCACCGACUAUCUCAACUGCGCCUACUGCUCCCACGUGGCCGUCGAUGUGGAUGACUUUCUGCGUCACGGCGUCCUUAUCCACAGCCUGGCACCUCGCUCCGAUCUGGACAGCGUGACCGGACCGCCCUCGGUUAGCCAGCAGAUCCGGGACAUGCUCAGCCAGCGCGGUACCACGGCCACUGCCCGACUCCCAGUUGCCAUCCCUCCGGCUGUCCAGCCUGUGGCUAGCGAUGUGUCACCAGCAUCAGCAGCAGCAGCAGCAGCAGGAGGAGGAUCUGGGGCAGCUGGCGCCCCAACUGGACUGGUCUCCUUAUCCGUUGCCAUCACAGAUCUGCUCCGACCCACUGGAUACAGUGAGGACAGACUGUAUGCCUGCCCGCAGAAAGGCUGCAUUGUGCGGCUGACGGAGGAGCAGUUUGUGAACCACUUGCGCUACCACAUCCGCAGCAAUGUCAACCAGGGUAGCGAGCAGGUGAAGUGCAAAUACUGCAGCCAGACGAUGCUUCCGCCGACCCUGCGGACCCAUCUGCAGCAGGCUCACGCCCGGCACAGCAUCUUCUGCGGCCUCUGCUUGGCCACGGCCGUCAACAGGCGUCUAAUGCUCUACCAUGUGCGUAACGAGCACGGCGAGGCCUUCGACCUGGCCAACCGGCAGCUGCAGUUCAUCCAGCUGCGCAUGAAGACCACCGAUGCCGCCGUGGGCGGCAAGUCAUCGGGUUUGGGUUCGGGUUCCUUGGAAGCCGAAUGCUAUGUGGCCAUCGUGGAGCAGCCAUUCGGGGGCCAGCAGAUGCACGAUUUUCAGCGCAAGCUGUUUGAGGAGCUGGACCUCCGCAACAAGGGCACAAAGACGGUCUUCCGAGGCUCGGAGGUGCGCCUCCUGCCCCGUGAUCCCACCUUCCAAAGGCCGCUGAGAUGUGGCGAGUGCCCCUUCGUCAGCACAGUGCGGACCGCCAUGCAGCUGCAUCUCUACAAGCACAAGGAGGAGGCCAUUCACCAGGCCUACCAGCAGUCGGAGAUGUCGUUGGCCGCAGGAUCAUCGGCUGCCAUACAGCAGCAGCAGGUAUCGUCAUCAGAUGCUGAGAAAUCAAAAACAGAGAGUACUAUCGCACAGAGUGGCCAGGCCACAGAGCCAGAUUCGCUGGUGCCCGGCCAGCACAAGGCCGUAAGACCGCCCUUCGAGUACGUGCCCGCGAAGAUUCGAUACCGCUGCGGCUUCAGUCACUGCGACCAGCUGCUGCCAUCGGAGACGGCGCUGCGCCAGCACAUGAUCCUGGAGCACAAGUACUCGGAGGUUAUAUUCUGCCAGCACUGCAAGACGCGCCAGGUGGGCCAGGCCAGCGUGGACAAGUAUCUGGCCCAUUUGCUGAUGCACAAGCGGCACAUCUUCCAGUGCGGCGCCUGUACGCGCUACAACACCAAGCGCAUGGUCAUCGAGCGGCACAUCCAGGACCGCCAUUAUACCCAUAAUGUGGACGUUGUGGUGCACCGGCACAGUGAUGACGGCACGAUCUCCGCCCGCUGGCUGAAGACUCGCAAACUGGCGCGCCUCGGCGAAAUGGAGUUCACGUGCAACCUGUGCCUGCAAUACUUCCCCACGGCCGUGCAGAUCAUGGCCCAUGCGGCGGCCGUUCACGACCGGAGAUACCAGUACCACUGCCCCUAUUGCCCCGUGGGCGCCAAGGAGGCCACCCAGAUCAUCGACCACAUCCUGGCCACGCAUCCCGGCUGGCGCGUGCAACCCGUACAGAUCUUCCAGCGCAUCGUGAGCAAGACCAAGCAGACGCUCGGCCUGUUUUGCACCAUUUGCAACGAGUCGGCUGGCACUUUGCAGCGCAUCAUUGCGCACGCCGAGGAGCAGCACCAGUCUCGCUUUCAGUUUCAGUGUCCGCACUGCGAGUUCGGCCAUCCGGGGGAGCGCGACGUGGGCAGGCAUAUAAUACACAAGCAUCCGGACAGCACCGGACUGGCGCUGGUCCAGUACGAACGCGUGGCCAACGAAAUACCCGACAGCAUAAGCUGGGAACUGGGUCAGCCGAUCGAAAUGCAGCUGCACUCUAAGGAGCCGGUGCCGGUACAGGUCCAAAGUCGGGAAUCGAAAGGAAGGCGGCUGCAGGGGCCACACACCGUGACGGAGGUGGUGGACCUGCUGGCCUCGGACGACGAGACGGAGGAGGGCGAGUCGGAGCCGGAUCCGGAGGUGGAUGAAUCGAAAAUUGUGGAGUUCGCGUGCACGCACUGCAACGAGACGAACAGCAGCCUGCAGGACCUGCGCUCCAAGCACUGGGCCCGCCACCAUCCCGACCAGCCCUUCUACUUCCGCGUCCAGCCGCAGCUGCUCUGCUCCGAGUGCAAGGAGUUCCGCGGCAACGCGAAGGUGCUGCGCGACGAGCACCUGCUGACGGUGCACUCCAUCCGGAACAUCGUGGCCGCGGACAUUCGGCGGCCCGAGGAGUGCGCCUAUUGCGACUACCGCUACCACACAUGGCAUGAUCUGGCGCACCACAUCAGCCGGAUGGGUCACCUGCCCAACGACCUGAAGCACGUGACGGACGCGGAACUGGAUGCCCUGCAGCAGCUCAGUGCCAGCGGCAACGACGGCGGCGCCGUCAACGAGUACUAUCAGUGCGAUCUGUGCAGUAUGGUGAUGCCCACCAAGGUGGCCAUUGGUCAGCACGGCCGCAUUGAGCACAAUAAGCCGGGGGAGCCCUUCUGCUUCCGGCAGCUGAAGGCGCCGGUGAUCUACCACUGUUUCUUCUGCAUGUUCACCUCCUCCGACGAGCUGACCACGCUGCGCCACAUGGUGGACCACUACAGCCGCUUCCUGUACUGCCACUUCUGCACCAGCCCCCAGAAGGGCGGCUUCGACGAGUACAUCCAGCACUGCUACACCUUCCAUCGCGACGAUGUGCAUCGCUUCCGGGCCGUGCACACGUACAACGACCUGCGCAAGUUCCUCAUGCAGGUGCACUAUCAGUUCCAGAACGGCCUGAUCAUCACCAAGAGCAGUCUGCGCUAUACGCGCUACAACGACGAGUCCACGAUGCUCAAGCUGGACGCGGAGCUGAUGGCCAAGGCCCAGCGGCCGCCAAUCCCGCGGCUGCACAUCCGUCUCAAGUCGACGGGCGUCCAAGGACAGCAGCCGCAGGUGGAGCUCCAGGCGUCGCAGCCAACUGUGCCAUUGAAACGGAUCGUCAAGCGUCGCAAGACAGUGAAUCCGGACGAACUGCUUAGGAUAUUCCUUCAGGAGCAGCAGUCGCAGGCGCAGUCGCAGUCGCAGUCUAACCUGGGCAACGUUUCAUCGACUUCGUCGGCUACUGGCACACCUUCUCAAAUAAGAGGUGCUCCGCCUGCGCGACCGCCGGGAACCCUUCUCCGCCCCCUUGCGGGCCUCCAGGCGGCACAGCCAGCUAUGUCGUUGACACGGAUUACCAAGCGCCGCAAGACAUUGAACCCGGACGAACUGCUUAGGAUAUCCCGGCAGGAGGAGCAGGCGCAGUCCCAGUCGCAAUCGCAGUCGGUUAGAGUGGUCGAUAGGUCGAUGGCGGCUAACGUGGACAUCGUUACUGGCACUCCUUCUCAAGCUCGAGCUGCUCCGCCCGCGCGACGGUCGGACACUCUUAUUCGCCUCCUCAAACGCCGCAAUAGCUAUGUGGUCCACUCCGGACCCUAAAACUUCGAUCGAGACAAAGACAAUGACAAAGACCACAUCAUUAUUACAAAUACUUUUAAUACCCAUCAUUAUAUCGGCUUGCAGCCAUGAUUAUGUAUAUCGGCUUGCAGUCAUGAUUAUACACCCUACGCGUAGUUGUGCUAGUUCCAAACUAUUCAAGCAUUCAAAUUCAAUUUUUUUUAACCUAAUUAAGUACCAUUAUGUUUACUACAUUUGUAAGAGCUUAAGAAAAAAAAAGAUACAAAAAAAGUUGGCGAAGUAGUUAGGGAGUGGAGAGUAAAGGAGAGACAGAUUUGGAGACUAUGAUAUUAUGUCGGCAUUCGAUUCGAUUGAUUAAACCAUCAUUUUAAAUAUG